AUGGAGUUAGGCGGCAGUGGUGCAACUGCGUUUUGUUUAGCUCUCGGAAUUAUGGUCUUCACGGGAUAUUAUCUAAAGAGUGUUGUGAGAAAACCACGAAUUAUUUGUAAGCCUAAGUCAUUCAUUUCAAAGUUGAUAAAGCAUAGCUUUCCGUUUGUUCAUGAGCUGUACUGGCCAACAUUUUGGUGUUUCGGAGGGCGUGCCCAGACCGUGACAGCCAGUCUGCUAAAAUCUCACCCUUCGGUAGAUUACAGCAGGGAAUUUAUUCACAUGCCUGACGGUGGAGUAGUUGCUCUUGACUGGGCUAAUGCUGCAAGUAUUCCAACUUCUCAUUUCACUGUAUUAAUAUUACCUGGUCUUACAGGCACAAGUGACCAUAAUUACAUCCGUCAUUUUGUUUUGCACAUCAUUCAAGAACUGGAUUGCUCCGUUGCUGUUCUUAAUAACAGAGGUUUAGGUGGCUUACCUUUGAAGACAUUACGUGUAUGUUGUGCUGCUGACACUGGUGAUCUAGAGUAUGUGAUAUUUCAUGUAAAGAAGAGAAAGCCUAAUUUUCCUCUUAUGGUUAUUGGUAUUUCUCUCGGGGGUAUAAUAUUGACCAAUCUUUUAUGCAAAAUGGGACAACAAGAAAAGGUUAAUGACAAUGGUAUUGUUUUUGGUGGAGCUGUUAUUUCAGCUCCGUGGGAUUUAUUCAAAACAUCUGAGUCCCUGGAACAGCCUGUAAAUCAUCUUUUGUUCAAUCGCCAUCUAACUAAACUUUUGAGAAAUGUAUUAAAACAGCAGAUAGCACGUAAUAUGAGCAAGUUAGAAUUUGGAAACACCUUUGAUCUGAAGUGUGCGUUUGAGUUUCGUACUGUGAGAGAAUUUGAUGACAGAAUAAUUAUUGCACCAUUAUCUGGCUCUAAAGAUGGUAAUGAUUAUUACACUGCAGCAACAUUACAUAUCAAACCUCUUGAGAAGAUCAAUGUUCCAUUAUUGUUGAGCUAUUUUGAAAAAAUAGCUCAUAUGUCAGUGGUGUGAGCGUAUGUAUCUUUGUGGCUUUGUAUCUUUGUAACUUUGUAUGUUCGGAUGUUUGUUGCAAGAGCCAAUAAGGUUGAAGGUACUAUGAGUUGAUGCUUAGGAACCAAUGAGAUCUUGGCAUCUACUUAAACAUGACAUUGCUAAAGAGCUCUAAAGGUCGAACAAGGGCACUUUGAGACCGCCAUCUUGAUUCUUGACAAUUUUUUCGUCGUAUAUUACGGCUACAGGUGUUUGGAAACAUUAUACAGGGGCACCCAACGGCAAUUUUCGGGAAAAUAUCUGUUCGGAAGACGAUUGGAGAACUAGAAUUUUCGGAACAUUUGUUGUAAAAUUUCUUGCUUGCCUGCCUCUCCUUGAAUUUUCGAACAUCUACAAAAUGGUAUAAUUACCCAUUUUAAACGGAUAUUUACCCUAAAAAAGGCCAGCUAGAAUUUUCGGGAGCCUUUUCCUGGCUGAAAAUUUUCGAAAAGGUAAGUUUUCAUCCCUAUAAUUUUCGGAUCACUAGACUUUCAGCUAGGAAAUCCGAACAGAUUAAAAGUUUUUAGGGGAUAAAAAUAUGCCUAUAUCUACCGUUUAAAUACUAAAAUACGUUCAACAAUGCUAUGUUAAGUGGUUUUGAACUAUAUCCUCGUUGGGUGCCCCUGAUUAUAUUAAACAUCUUCAUGAUUCAAACGCGGUGUACAGUGAUGCAGCUGUUUAAGGGUUCAUAUUUUAGUGUGGAUGCUAUUUCAAGACAUUUCUGACCGAAUUCAGCUAUCACGAACGGUACUGACGCACGUAUUUAUGAGUUGUGUUUCACCUGCUUCAAGGUAGAGUAUAAAAGAUCAUAUAUUUUCAAAGCUCUUCCAGUGAAGCAAUAAUUGAUAUUUAGAUAUGGACUUUAAUUUGAAAGUAUGCGGCAUAUAAAAUGUGGUUUUACAAGUUUGAAAGGCAGCUUAUUUUUUUUAAAGAUGCACCGAGUAUUGUUAAUCCUGUAAACAAGCUUUAAAAAUAUUAUUCUCUCGCUUACAAAGUUAAUAAAUGUUAGGCUAUCAACCUUGACGUUGCAUGAAACAUAAUUUAAUUGCAGAUGUUGUAAUGAAGCCGAGGUGAUUUCUUAAAAUCGUUGAGAAAAUUUUGUAGUAAACAAUUUGCGUUUUUUUUACGUACGAAUUGUAAAAGGGCCAAAGGCCAACAUCUUCACGUGCAAAUUGUGUGCAUGAGUUAUUUUUAUAAUUCUGUUUACUAGAUUAACGUGUGAUAACUCGAAUUCCCUCACGUACGAACCACGAAAGGGGGCAAAGUCCAACACUUUCACGUGCCAGUUGUGUGACUGUACGUCUCAUGCAGAUUGGCUUUUUACAAUAAUAAUAGUAACUUGAACGUACGAAGACCUGUUUCGUUUUGUAACCAAUGCCUUAAAAAAGGCUCUUUUCUUUUAAGAAGCAAUAGCUUUUAAAACAUGAAGAAAUAAGUUGUUGGAGUUAAGGACUGUUUCACUGAGUAGAAUCGCACGCGAAAACCUCGUGAAUAGUGAUGAUGCAACCAUCUACCACAAUGAUAAGAAUCCUGGUAUUUCGUAACUACUCGAAUUCGAUGAGUCACAUCUUGGCUUAAGAAACUCCGAGGAAACCUUAGAGUUUUUCUUCUAAUCUACGUUUGGUGAGUAGAUAUUUAUUUUACUUCAAUAAUUUGCUGAACUUGCACCAAAUGUAACAGGGAAAGACAGAGGAAAGUGGAUAUAUAGCAUGAGGAUCGACGCAGCUGAGCGUUUCGCGUUUUCAUUUAUGUACGGCAAUACCCAAUUUUGCACAAAAACCCAGUCUAUAUUUAGGACGAAAAAGGUAGAUUCAUCAUUCUUGGUAAGGUUACACUGAAGCAUUCAAAAUAGCUCAUGCACGUUUAACGUGCCUAUGUUGUUUAAAUGCAGCUGAUGAUCCAUUUGCCCCAGAGGAAUCUAUUCCGUUUACUAUAUUACACAACUGUGCUAAUGUAGCAAUGGUCUUAACAAAGCAUGGUGGACAUGUUGGAUUUACAGAAGGUUUAUUCCCACGAGGAUCAGGAUUUAUGGAAAGAGUUGUUAUUCAAUAUCUGCAAGCACUGUGUGGAAAAUCAGCUUCCAAAAUUUGUCAUUAG